AAACAAGCGAUGUUGGUUUGGCAACUCGAGGAGGAGCUGCGGCAGCACAAGAUUCGGGGCCCCAACUUUGAGAAACAAGCCAUGUUGGUGAGGCAGCUGGAGGAGGAGCUCCGCCACCAGAAGACGCGAGGGCCCAGUUUGGAGGUGCAGUCGCAGAUGGACAACAUCAUGACGGAGAACGACCACCUCAACCGCGAGGUCGCCAUCUUGAGGGAGACCAUCAAGGAACUGGAGCUGAGAAUAGAGACCCAAAAGCAGACUUUAUCUGCGAGAGACGAGAGUAUAAAAAAGCUCUUGGAGAUGUUACAGCAAAAAGGCAUAGGCAAGGAGGAGGAGCGGGCGAUGAUGCAACAGAUGCAGGCAGUAUUUCAGAAACAGCUCGAAGAGUCGCGGUUGGAGAUCCAGAAGCGGGACCAAGAGAUCCUCGCACUCUCGGCCAAGAUGAAGACUCUCGAGGAACAGCACACAGACUACCAGCGGCACAUCAUGGUCCUGAAGGAAUCUCUCUGUGCCAAGGAAGAACACUACAACAUGCUUCAGGCUGAUGUGGAGGAGUUACGGCAGCGUCUCGCACAGCAGGCUCUCCAGGCCACACAGGAGAGGAACAGACUCACCUCAGAGCUCACAGAACUCCGCGACCACAUGGACAUCAAGGACAGGAAAAUCAAUGUCCUGCAGAGAAAGAUCGAGAACUUGGAGGACCUCCUGCGGGAGAAGGACAACCAGGUGGACAUGGCGAGGGCGCGGCUGACGGCGGUGCAGGCCCACCACUCGACGUCGGAGGGCGCGCUCACGUCCCUGGAGGAGGCCAUCGGCGACAAGGAGAAGCAGAUCAACCAGCUCCGCGAGCAGCGGGACCGCGCCGAGCAGGAGAGACACCAGGAGCAGAGCCUUCACGAGCGAGACAUUGCCGAGUACAAAAUGAAGCUCCACACCCUCGAGGGCGAGGUCGAGAAGCUGCAGGUCCGCCUCGAGCGCUCCCUGGCGGAGAAGGACAAACUGGAGGCCAAGCUGGAGUCGAGCCAGUCGGAGCUGGGCAAGGCCAAGGCGGAGCUCGAGAAGAUGCACGGCGAGGUGGGCAAGAGCACGAGCGACUACGAGUCGUACCGACACCGCCUCACCAAGAUCGAAAUGGAGAACGACCGCCUGCGCACCGAGAACGAGCGCCUGCACCACGAGCUCGAGAGGUCCCACCCCACCUACGGCCGCCCCUCGAUGCCCAACUCGUCCACGGAGAUGGAGAGGCUGCAGGAGAAGCUCGACAAGUGUCAGGCGGACCUGCGCAGGGCUCAGGCGGAGCUGCGCAUGAACCAGUCCGACUACGAGCGCUCGCACGUGGAGGUGGAACAGCUCCAGGAGAAGGUGGAGAAGGCCCAGGGCGAGAUCUACAGGCUGAAGGCGAGGCUGGAGAACGCCCAGAGCGAGAAGGACAGCGUCCAAGAGGAGCUCGAGCGUGCCCAGGCCACCGUCGCGCGCCAGCAUAGCGAGAGGGAGCGCUGGGUCAAUGAAGUCGACAAGCUUCGCGAGGAGCUGGAGCGGUCCCAGGCGACAGUCGGGAAGGCCCAGAUCGCGCAGGAGAAGACACAGUCGUCCUUGGACAAGGUUCAGUCCGAGCUCGACCAGCUGCAGGAGCGCUACGAGAGGCAGAGCGCCGAGGUCAGACGGGUCCAAGCGGAGCGCGAGAAGCUGGCCUACGACUACGACCAGAUCCAGAGCCAGCUGGACAAGGCGCAUGGCCAGAGCGCAAGGCUGGCCAAGGAGCGCGAGGCCCUGCAGCUGGAGGCCGACCGCCUGCGGGAGAAGCACGACAAGGUUCAGACGCAGUUGGCGCGCCUGCAGAAAGAGCGGGAGUCGGCCGCUUCCGAGGUGGAGACGCUCACCGAGAAGGUGGACUUGUUGCAGGCGCAGCUUGGCAAGGCUCAGAGGGACCGAGAGAACGCGCUCGGGGACAUGGAACUGCUCAAGGAAAAGUACGAGAAGACGUCGGCUCAGACGCAGAAACUCAUGAUGGAGCGAGAUGACCGAGCCACGGAGGUGGAUAUCCUGAAAGAAAAGCUCGAGAAGGCACAGGCGCAGGUCACCCGAGCCCAGGAUGAGAAGGAGACCGCUAACCGAGAGUUUGAAAGGGCUCUUGAGAAAUGUGACAAAUCCCAAAGCGAGAACUACCGGCUACAAACUAGACUGGAAUCCGCACAAGCAGAACAAGAACGCCUUCAGGUCGAAAUCGAGAAGACGCAAAUCCUCUUCAAUAAGAUUAAAGACGAAAAGGUUAAGCUUCAAGAAGACUACGACCGCAUCCAGGAGGCGUACGAUCGGUCAAGUCUCCAGUGCAUUCGGGCGAAGGAGGCAGAGGAGAAGUUGAAGGAGGAGAUAGAGAGAUUAAACGUGGACAUAACGAUCAUCAAGGAGCGUUAUGAUAAGACGAGUGUUGAGCUCCGACGCGUGGGAAGCGAGAAGGAGAAAUUACAAAAUGACGUCGACCAACUGACGUUCGAAUUAGAAAGAGCCCAAGCCCAGUAUGGCAAGGCACAGAACAGCCAGGAAAAGAACCAAGAGGAAAUUGCUAGAUUGCAGAUAGAAGUAGAAAAAUAUAAAGACAAAUACGAAAGGAACACCAUGGAGCUCUCUAAAGCCAGGAGUGAAAAGGAGAAGUUGCAACAGGAGUGCGAGAACGUCCAGGCAGAGAUGGACCGCGUCUUGGUCAGGAUGGGUAAAUAUCAGGACAACACCGAGCGGACCAAAGAAGACUAUGAGAUGCUAAAGAUCGAGAUAGAAAGAGUGAAGGACAAGCUAGAGAAAACGCAGAUGGACUUGGAGCGAGAAGCUAAGCUGCGAGAGAAGUACGAGACGGAGGUGACUAAGCUGAAGACUGACAUGGACAAAGCAGACCAACAGAGAGGUAAAUAUCAGCUUGACUCAGAGAAGAACAAGCAGGACGUAGAGAAGUUCACGAGUGAAAACGAACGGUUACGGGAACGUUAUGACGUGAGCCAGGUUGAACUACAGAAAGCGAAGCUCCUGAAUGAGAAAUUGUCAGAAGAACUGGAUGGUUUGAAAUCAGAGCUCGACAGAACGCAAUCCAGAGUAGGGAAGUACACAAGCAGCCAGGAGAAGUACGAAGGGGAGCUUGAACGAGCGAACAUCGAAGUGGAGAAGAUGAAAGACAAAUACGAAAGAGCCCAGAUCGAAUGUACAAAAUCACAACAGAAGGUGGAGAAACUGGAGAGUGAGAACGAGAGGCUCAAGAGCGACCUUCAGAUGAGCCAGAAUCAACUCGAGCGUUUCCUCACGGCCCAAGACAGGAACAAGACCGAGGUUGAAAAGACCUCCAUAGAGAUAGAGAAAUUAAAAGACAAACUAGACCGUGCUCAGGCUGACUUCACUCGUGCUCAGGCCGGAAGGGAAAAGGCUGAGCUAGAAGUCCAACGACUGACGCACGAGAUGGAGAGAUCGCAACAGCACAUGUCUAAAUACCAAGAGAGCAAUGAAUCAGCCAAAAUUGAGUUCGAGAGAAUGUCUGUUGAACUCGAGAAGUUACACGAACGAUUAGAAAAGUCUCAGACAGAACUCAGAAGAGCAAAUGACACCAAAGAAAAAUUAGAAAUGGAGAACAAAAAAUUCAAGAGAGAUCUGGACGAAGCAAAGGGCAUGGUGAAUAAGGCCUCAGACUAUCAACAAAGGUCCAACACAGAUCUCGAAAAAUGUAAAGAAGAGAUCAUACGUUUGAACAAGGAACUAGAGAGAGCUAGAGACGAGCUCAGUAAAGUCGGAACAGAAAAGGAGAGACUAAAUACGACACAAGAGAAACGCGAGAAGAUGAUCAGCAAACUCGAGACGGACCUCAAGCAGUUGCAGACUGAAAGAGACCAGCUUGUGAAACAGCUAGAGAAGUCCCAAGACAUGCUCCUGAACUUCCAACAGGAGCUGAAGCAGUCAGAAUCAGACUUACAAAAGUUUAAGGACGAGAACAAGCGAAUAAAAUCAGAGCUGAACAACACCACGAAAGAGAUGGAGCAAGGGGCCAAAGAAAUGUUGGAAGGCAGAGAAAAGGAGAUCCAAAGGCUGCAAGGGCAACUCUCAGCCAAAGAAAAGGAGUUCAAUGCCCUGCGAGCCGAGGCGGAAAAGGAGGUGCAGCGGCUUCAGCAGGAGGUCCAAAAGGCUCAGCAGGUGGCACAGGCCGCUCAAAAGGAGGCAGGGUUAAUCCAGAAGGAGGCUGAGAAGGAGCUUAAGAACUUGAUCAUUCAGUUGCAAGGCAAAGAGAAGGAGCUGGGGGUCAUGCGCAGCGAGGCAGAGAAGGGAAGACUGCGGGCUGAAAAGGCAGAGCGAGAUGUUGCAGAGCUGAAAAAACAGCUCGACUUGCACGAAGCCAACCAGAAGCUUCAAAACGGUGGACGGCCCAGCGAAGAUUCUCAGAUGAUUAAGCGGCAACUGGACGAUCAGAUGAAGGCGGUGGAACAAAAGGUACGAACACUGGAACAAAGGAACAAACAGUUAGACGAAAAAGAAAAGACACUCUUAGACCUUGAUGCGCGACUGAAUAAGAAGAAGGAACAGAUAGAUAAUAUGGAACAACAACUUGCAAAGGCCCAUGCAGCAGAUGGAGCUCCACCAUCAGAAGCCAACAAGCAACUUGCAGAAAUGAGAAAGGCACUUGGUGAGAAGGAAAAAGAAAUUGACGCACUUAGUAAGGCACGAGCAAAGGCAGAAUCAGAUGUCCGUGCAGCACAGUCUGAGGCAGAGAGACUACUCCAGGUGAUGCAGAUGGGCCAGGAAGAACAGUUUGCUAAGGACAAGACGAUCAUGGAGCUACAAGAUGCCCUAAAAGCAGCUGGUGGCAGCCCUCAUCCUGCAGCCGUUGGAGGAGGAGGUCCUUUGCCUGGUCCAGGCGGACCCCCAAAGAAGCCAGCUGCAACACCAACCACUCAGGGCACUCCAGUCAAAAUGGAUGGCAUACCAGCAGCAUUAGGCCCUCAGACUGCAGGACAAAUGGCAGCGCAGGCAGCAGAAAAGGCAACUGCAGCAACAGAAGCUGCAAAGGCUACUUUAGAACAAGCAAAGAAUGUUGCUCAGCCUUGUGAAGAUUCAUCAAGGUCAGAUCAACAGGAGAUAGACCUGCUUGAGAUGGAGGGCCGGCAGAGGGAAUACAGACUCCAGCUCGAUCAGAUGGACGUGGAUAUCAAGCUCAAAGAUUCUCUCAUCAAUAACCUGAGUGAUGAGAACAAGAGGCAGAGAGAAAGGAUCCAAGAGAUGGAGGAAGAGAUCCAUUCCCUGGAAGAGGAACUGAAGAAGAAUGAAAAGAUCGAGGAACUGGAGCAGCUCGUUGUGGUGGUGAAGCAGAAGAAUGAGAGGAUUGAGGAACUGGAGGAGGCGCUGAGGCAGAGUGUGAGGAUUGCUACCGACAUGGAGAUGGAGAAACGAGAUGAAGAAGACAGAAGGAAAGAGAUUACAGAAAAGUUAAGUAAGCUUGAGGUCCGAUUGGCAAGUGCCCAGAAUGCUCAAAAUCUCCGGUGUACUUCGUGCCGUCCACUGAGGCAACGGUUAUCGCAGUUGGAGGCCAGACACAAUAACCUAGUCAGUGAACGUCGACACCACCUACAGGAAUUGUUUGAUAUGAAGCAUGAAGCUUUGACGUCUGCUCUCAGUGAGAAAGAUGCUCAUCUUGCACUCUUGGAAGUUGGAGGAGUACGAUGCUCCAGGACAGCCCAGGAGAUCGAUAGCCUCAAAAAGGAACGCAGCAAAUUACUUGAGGCCAUUAAACAUCAAAGCGAGGACCGGGUGCGUCUCAGUCAGGAAUACGCCGCCACAGACAUCAAGUUGGACGCCACGCCCCCCGACACCCCGCCCCCUUUGCAGAAAGGACACUGAAAUCUUCAAUCAAAUUAGCUGCUACCAUGACGUCUGCAUCAGGUUGUGCAACAUCUGCGAAUGGAUGUGAAAUAACUAGGAAGUCUUCGUGAUUCUUGAGGAUUCUUUGCUAUCUCUGUAUUAGAUUUUUAAGCAAUAUUCUUCUCAUUAUUAAUGCACAUGGUUAUUUGGUUUAGGCAGAAUCAGGUUGUAUGAACAAGGUUGUAGAGAGAGAGAAAGAAAAUAAGAAAUGGUUAUUAACUAAGCAUAAAACCACGUUCUCUGUCAUUACUCAGAAUGUAUAUAUAGAGUCAUUUAUGAAACUUUAAAGAUGAGUAUCUGUAGAAAAACAAAUAUCUUUUACAUUUGUCAACAUGUCAUAGAAGAAGAAAAUGGAUAUACAGAAGUCUCAUCAGAAUAUACUUAGAUCAGUAGGUAAUCCUGCUCCUCGUGUUCAGUAUUAGGCCAGCCACCAAGCAGGUCUGUUAACUGAUAAUAGUUUUUACUUAUUGUGUCCAUUGUGAGUGGCAGGACUUCCAAUAAUACCAUAGUGUAGCAUAUAUAUUAUAGAAAACAGACUAUUUUGCUACCUGGCUGUGUUAUGAUGUAUAUUGAAAUGACGAGGUUCUGGUUUUUAUGAGUUUACGUAUGUCUCUGUACAUGAGUUUUAAGAAGUCGCAUUUUGUGCUGAAAUGAGGGACGUUUUUUCCACUUCUCCAAUAACUGUGGAAUCUCCAGACAGUGACAAGCAGAUGGCAUUGUUGUGAUGAACUGCAUACUGUGAACAAAGAUGACAAAGGAGGAAUGUGUUGGUUGUGGGAUUAUGUUUUAUGAAAGGAAUGACAUUUACUCAGUAUGACUUAACAGCAUGAGGGAAGUUUGUUGAACUGUUGCUGCACCUACAGUGAUUACUAAUGUGUUUGUAAUAUUUUUUUUAUUUCCUCUGCUGUUUCAAAAAAAGGAUGGGAAGAAUUAACACUUCUGACCUCAUAAAUAUUUGCAUUUUGUAUUAUAAGAAAAUUGCCUGACUCUGAAGUUUACUGUAGUGGAAAAGACGCAGUUUAAGUUUGGGGCAGUCACUGUAGCCAGGCAAUUGUAACUAUUUUUCUCUUUCUUCUCCAAUGAAAAUAGUCCAUUGGGUGGAUUCAAUUCCCCUUUUGAUGACAGAGGCAGUUGUCUCCACGUGCUGGCAAGUAGUUUUCCAUGGUAGCACAUAUCAUUGAUAGACACUGAUCUUGGUAUACUCAAUGAUAUUCCAAGAUCUGGUAGACGAUCCCUCGCCCUAUGUUUUCCCCCAUGUAGUUCAUGUCUUCAGUGGGUGUUCCCUCAGCGGGGAUUUUAGGAGACUCGCCUUCACAAGGUUGCUCAUAGUGAAGGCUGUCAGUCUGUGUGCACACAACACAACCAUCUGACAAGGUGGACAUAGGAAGGAAAACUGUGUACAGUCUGUAUUUUCUGUAUGUAAAUGUAUAUAAGAUAAAUCAAUCAGAAUAGGUAGUUAGCGUGUCUGUUAGUCUGUAAAUUUUAGCAUCACUAUUGCCAUCAGUGCCGUUCUGAUGAAGGGGCUGACAUGGGCUGUAACUGACGGAUGCUGUGAGAUGCACCGUACACUAGGUAAAGAUGAAAUACACCAAACACCUUGCAAGUAUGCCAGAAGCCAAUCAGAUACUCCACCUACAGAAGGGAAAUUGUGAAUCAAAGCCCUUAAUGAAGGAGCCCCUGGAGCAGGUCCUUGUGAUCCUCUUGAUUGUGUGAUUUUUUCCAGUGACGUGACACUAAUAAUUCCUAAGGAGGGUGUAAUCAAAAAGUUUCACUGCAUCAGGCUUAAAUCAAUUUGCUAGAAUUUUUGCUAAGUUUUUGUACAAAUAGGUAUCAUCACACUCCAGGGGCCAAGUUGUAGGUCACACGGGCCUAUUCCUCCUCCCAUAACACAGAACUGCCGAUGGAGUUUCCCUACUCAAAUUUAGACGUUUUUUAAUGCAUGAGAAUUUAUCAUUAAGCCACUGGUGCACAUCUCCUGGGAGGAUGGAUACGCCCUGAUGGACGAUGAACACCGACAAGGUCAUCUAGUGGUUAUCAUAAUCAGGUUGUCUAGUCAAUAUCAAGUUAC